CGUAGAGAAGAAAACCUCCUCCCUGAUCAAAAAGGCGAACCUCCCUCCGCUAACCACGAAAUACCUGACCCCCAGCGACAGCUCAGCACCCAGACUGUACGGCCUUCCGAAGAUUCACAAAGAAUCAGUCCCCCUACGGCCUAUCGUCAGCAACAUCGGAGGCCCCACCUACCAACUAGCCCGCUACCUCACCAAACCCCUCCAAAAACUUACCGGCCUCAACGACUCCCACAUCAGGAACUCAAUGGACUUCGUGAACAGAAUAACCAAGAUCAAAACCGAGCCCAACGACAUCCUGGUAAGCUUCGACGUGGUUUCUCUGUUCACCAACGUCCCAGUCCAAGACACUCUGGACAUCAUCAGAACACCCAAAGAGAUUCCAUCCACCCCGUUCCCAUUAAUAGAACACUGCCUCAACUCCACCUAUUUCCAGUUCGAAGGAGAAUUCUACGAACAAACCACGGGAGCAGCAAUGGGAUCCCCGAUAUCACCCAUCAUCGCAAACAUCUUUGUGGAACACUUCGAGAAUGAAAUCCUGAAAAAGGCCCCACAAAAACCCUCCACAUGGUUCCGAUACGUGGACGACACCUUCGUCAUCUGGAACCACGGAAGGGAAACUCUACCUCAAUUCCUCACUUUCAUUAACUCCCAACACCCCAACAUCCAAUUCACAAUGGAGACCGAACAGAAUUCCCAAAUCCCCUUCCUGGAUGUCCUGGUCCGUAGGGACGAAGACGGCACCCUAAGCCACAACGUCUACCGCAAACCAACGCACACGGACCGAUAUCUCCACGCAAACUCCCACCAUCACCCCGCCCAAAAGAAUUCG